UUCAAGACAGAUGGAUUUAACAUGACCUAUAUUGGAGACUUCCAGACCAAAAUCCUUGAGCUGCCCUAUGUUGGUAAUGAACUGAGCAUGAUCAUCCUGCUCCCUGAUGUAAUCCAGGAUGGAUCCACGGGCUUGGAAAGACUGGAAAGAGAACUUACAUAUGAGAAGCUGAUAGAUUGGAUCAAUCCCGAAAUGAUGGACUCUACAGAGGUGAGGGUAUUCUUACCCAAAUUUAAGCUGGAAGAAGAUUAUGAUCUGAAACCCAUUCUGAGCUGCAUGGGAAUGCCUGAUGCAUUUGACUCGGGGAAGGCAGACUUCUCAGGAAUGUCAUCUGGCAAUGAGCUGGUGCUCUCUGAAGUGGUUCACAAGUCCUUUGUGGAAGUCAACGAAGAAGGCACUGAAGCAGCUGCUGCCACAGUGGCAAGAAUAAUGUUAAAGUGCCUUGAAAUCGUUCCAGAUUUCACUGCUGAUCAUCCCUUCCUCUUCUUCAUCCGGCACAACAAAUCUUCCAGCAUUUUGUUCUGUGGCAGGUUUUGCUCUCCCUGAAGAGGAGUUGCCUUGGUAG